GAGAGACACAGGCAGCCACCACCUACGUGGGCAGGCGUUCGGAAUUAUUUCGUAGAAUAAUUUGAGGUUUUUUACGCUCCAGUGCAAUUUCUAUUCUCUGAUGCAAGGAACUUCCUCAAGUGGAAGAAGCCCUCCUGCAUCAGAGGGGGACCUUUGGAUCCAACCCAUUAGUUUGCUGAGGGUUGCCUGAAGUGAAGGGCUACAAAGGAGACCUUUGGGACUAUAAUCCGAAUCAGAACAGAAGGCCCCACCAAGAUGUUCAAAUGGUUCGGACUUCCCCUGCUUUGUCUCCUUGUGCUUCAACAGGUUGCUUGCCAAUCUGUAAAUCAACCACAGUUCAAUGGACCUCUGGAGGACAAAACUUUUUAUGUUGAAGAGGGUAGACUAACAACGCAGUAUUUAUAUCAGUUUACAUUCGGACCUCCUGUUAAAAGCUUGCGGCUAACUGGUGAUAAAGACGGCGUCAUUGAGAUCUCACAAAAGGACUGGGUUCUGUAUGUUAGUGGCUCUCUAGAUUGGGAAGUCAAAAAAGUCUACAAUCUGCAGUUGGAAGGUUUGGAUGCGAAUGGGAACCGUGUGAAAGGUCCAUAUUCUAUCACUAUAAAUGUUGAAGAUAUCAAUGAUAACCCACCCCAAUUUGGUCAAGCAAAAUACACUGGAAAAGUGAGACAAAACUCCCGCCCAGGAAAACCCUUCGUGUAUGUCUCUGCUACGGAUCGUGAUGACCCCUCCACUCCACAUGCACAACUGAGCUACAGCAUUGAUCAGUAUUUCCCCAACCAUUACAAGGAGAUGCUCUUCCAGAUUAACAAUGUUACGGGAGCAAUUUCCAUAACUUCUGCUGGAGCUCGUUAUUUAGAUCCAUCAAAAGAGAACACCUUUACCCUCGUCGUGGGGGUCAACGAUAUGGGAGGACAAUCCGUGAAUUCCUUCGGCUCCAUUACUGAUGUGGAAGUCACUGUCUUGGAGAACAUCUGGAAAUCUCCUCCACUCGUAACGAUCUUGGAGAACCGUACCGAAGCCCACCCCUUUGCCAUCGCUCAGGUACAGUGGAAUGAUCCAGGGGCAAAAUAUGAAAUUGCAUCAAAGGAAAAGCCUCCUACGAAUUUGCCAUUUAUGGUUGACUCGAAUGGGACAGUUUAUGUAACAAAACCACUGGACAGAGAAGAAAAAGACAUGUAUUCAUUCUUUGUGUUUGCGAAAGAUGAAGAGGGGUUCCCACUUGCUGUACCGGUGACUGUUAAUGUCUCAGUACAAGACAUUAAUGACAACCCCCCUGUGUGUGACAAUGCUUUGACCAAAUUUGAAGUUCAGGAGAAUGAAGCUGCAGGGAAUUUGAUAGGAACUCUUCGGGCUUCAGACAGGGAUGAGAAAGGCAGUAUUAACUCCCGCCUGUACUUCAACAUUGUGGAUCAGCACCCCAAAGUCCCUGUAGACAAUUUGUUCCGCAUUGAAUUAGGAACUGGGACAGUUCACCUGCUCAAAGCUGCACUAAACAAACAAGUAGUCUCUAAUUACUCUCUGAAGGUGGAAGUGACGGAUCCAGUAUUCCGAACAGUGUGUGAUGUACAAAUAAGUGUCAUUGAUAUCAAUGAUCGGAUUCCAAUCUUUGAAAAAUCAGAUUAUGGCACGGUGGUUCUUCAAGAAGACGAUCCAGUAGGAACAAUAAUAAUGGAAAUUCAAGCCACAGAUGCUGAUCACCCAUUCACUGGAAGCUCUGAAAUUGUGUAUAUAAUCAAAAAAGGAGACCCAGAUAAUACUUUUUCAAUAGUGACAGAUCUGAAAACAAACAAAGGAUAUGUUACCAUUAGUAAGCCUCUUGAUUUUGAAACAACGCCUGUAUAUAACCUAACAAUCAAUGCCACAAACCCCGAACCUCUCGUGGCUGGAGUACAUUAUAAUUCAAGCUCUGUGGCCUACUUGAGUGUGAAGGUUAGAGAUGUGGACGAAGCUCCAGUCUUCAACAGAACCACUUAUAGCGUGGAUAGGCAUGAAAAUGUUAGUGUUGGUAAUUUGGUGAUGACAGCGAUGGCCUUUGAUCCUGAGGGAGACCAGAUAAGGUACGCGCUGAAGGACAACCACAGGAACUGGUUGCGUAUUGACCCCUUGAACGGCACGAUAUAUACUGCUGCCCCCUUGGAUCGAGAAACUGAACACGCCUACAUGGUGCAAAUUGUGGCAACUGAGCAAACUAGGGCAGCUCAGAGCUCCACAGCUAAGCUGAUACUGAACGUGAAAGAUGUGAACGAUAACCCUCCAAGGCUAGCAAUGGAUUUUGUAUUCUUCUGCCAUCCUCUCCAAGGAAACGAAACAGCCAAGCUUGAAGUCACUGAUCCGGAUGUGUAUUCAUUUAUUCCAAAAUUCACUUAUUCCCUCAUGGGUGGGAACACAAUACAGAACAACUGGAAUGUUUCUAAACUUGACGGCAGAUAUGCUUACAUUUCCCCGAAAAACCUUAAUCUUGAAGAGAAUGUCUAUGUUGUACCAAUAAAAAUUAAUGACAAUGGACGACCACCUAUGGAAGGAGUCGUCUAUCUGACAGUGAACCUGUGCAAGUGUGUCGAGCAAAGAUGCUUCAUAGAAAUUGAACGUGAACAUCACUUUCCAACAGUGGGCAUGGCAAUUGGCAUUCUGUUUGCCGUAUUUGCAGUGAUAGGUCUCAUUUUGGGUAUUGUGUUUUACCGCCUAAAACGCAAAAAGGAGAAUGAACAGAAGGCAUCCAGAACUAAUGCUCUUAAUCCAAAUGAACUGAAAAACCUGACGUAAUUGUUUUGCCGAAAAAUAAUAAUUCACUGGUUGGUUGGUUUUUUAAAUUUUAUUUUGUUGUUGUUGCUCUUAUCUUGCACCAGCUGAAUUUCAGAAGUGUGUGCCACUAAUGCACAAACUCCAGGCAGGGUUAGUGGAUUUACUUUACUCCAAAGUAAAUCCCAUUGAUUUCAACUGCUAACACGACAUGCUGCCCCUUGGUCUGUGCUUAAGAAAAGGGCGCAGAAAGAGGGAAAAUCUUUCCAGCCCCCCCUUCUCUCCGUUUCUCUUCCCUCCAAGCACAGACCAAGGGGCAGCAGAUCUCAUUAGCAGUUGAAAUCAAUGGGAUUUACUUUGGAGUAAAGUAAAUCCCUUUAAAGAUGCACAGUUUCAGAUGUUCAAAGGCAUGGAAAUGCGAUCCUAUGUUCCUCCACACUAAAAGACUAUAAGAUCCAACGGAUUUGAGGGAAGAAAGGUAAAAAAUCAUUAAAAAAAUCAACAAAUAACCCAAUCUGGUUCAGAUUCAGCACACUGAAAGCGCUCCUUGCUGUGCCAAUUUGGAUCUCUUUAUCUUUAAAAAUGAGGGUGCUGCUGGCAAGGAGGGUGCAUUUCCCACAUUUCUUUUAAAGUGAAAAUGGACGAGUUAAGAUGGAGGAAGCAGGAAGAAGAAGGAUUUGGAUUGGCAAUUAAAAACACUCGCUGGAGACAAACCCCCCCCCAUUUCUUUCAUCAGCAAUUCCGCCCCUUGAAAACACACCCACAGAACACCGGAUUUAAAACGAGGGAUGAAAGUACAUUUUGCAGUUUGAGCGAUGUGCUUUCGCAUGACCGGAAGAACCAUACUUUCUGCGCACCAAAAUAUUUCACUACUUUUGGCUAAGAAGCGCAAUUAAAGCAGGAUGCAUGGGAGUACUUCACAAUAAAAGCAGAUUAUAAACUGGAAAACUUCGGAGUCCCUUGCACACAAUUCGCAGUGAUUGCACAGUAUAACGCUGGUGUGAUAAAGCUCUGACUCUGCCUAAAUCCAAGAAUAGCCUUUGUACAAAAGCUAUAGCUGAAAAGAAGCACAAACACAUCUCAGGAGUUAGAUGGGAGCCUGCAAAGACCUGCCUAUGAGAUUAGUCACUUUUCCCUUAUUCCCAUUAGUAAAUAUUGACUGUUAAAAGACAAACUUCGCUUUUCCUGGGCUCUGUUUGCUCUAAAGAUGACUGCAUUAGUUUGACACAAACUAAGCUAUGAAAAUUAAAUAACAUGUUUAUCUGGAACUCCUACAAUGUUAUACUGGCCCUUUGAGCCUACUGAUGGACAAGGUGAAAUGUUUGGAUGGUUCUCCAUUUUUCCUGGUUCUCCAUAUCCAAUCUGUCCUUCCCUGCUUGAACCUCUGCACAAGUGUGAAAUUUUGUCAACAGUGGAACUGUGGUGAUGCAUUUCAAUAAGGUUUCUGAGAAGAGGAAAGGAAAGGAUUAUUAUUUUUGCUAGAGGAUUUUACAUGUGUAUGAAUUUAAUAGAUCCAUUAAGAGGGGAGAGAUUCUAGUAAUUAAGCAUUCAUAUAACUCCAGCAAAGGUUCAGAGAAAGUGGAUAAUUGUUCAGCUUGAGGCACUGGAGAAAAAGAAAAUGGAUGAAUUAUUCUACUCACUGUUAUUAAAAUAUUUCUUUUAUCCAAUAAUUAUUUUUUUUACAAAAUGAAAUCAGAAUAGAAUGUACAAUUGGAACCUGCAACAAAAUGUUGCAGUUUUGGUUUUUGUGAACCGCCCAGGGAGCUUUGGCUAUUGGGCGAUAUAAAAAUGCAAUAAAUAAAAUAAAUAAUAAUAAUUAUA